CUGUCUUCUUUGUAGAAGGUGAACUAAAAAUGAUCUUGUCACGUUCGUUACCAUGGAGAAGCUACCCGGGAAGGCACUAGAUUAUUUACGGGAGUUAUUUUCACCGUCCAAGAGAUCGAACGUCCAACGUGCUAACACCGAACCUACUUCUUCAACAUCUACAUCACAACAAGUCUGGCGCCACGAACCUCGUCGCCAGGUGUCUGACAGUUCCGUGUCUAUUGUGAUAUCCAGCUGUCCAGAACCAGACCAUGGUCCAUACCAACGACCAUGCAAAGUACAGCGACAGCUUCGGCUCGUCACACCUUCACCUACGCCCCCUAGUGAUAAUAGGCAGUCACGCAGUUCGGCAACGGAAUCAUCUCGACCUGCUCCUCGGUUGCAACGACAAGCUCCUGUUCUUGGAGCAUGGAAAACAUCACCGUGGUAUACCAAACUUCACGUGCCUCCUAAGCAUGGACCUGAACACCAGUUGUCAACAUCAGAACCAUUAUACGAAGAAGAGGAUGAAGAAGAAAUCUUAGGGUCAGAUGAUGAUGAACAAGAAGAUCCUAAAGAUUAUUGUAAAGGAGGCUAUCACCCUGUGAAGAUUGGUGAUCUGUUCCAUGGGAGAUAUCAUGUGAUUAGAAAGCUUGGUUGGGGUCACUUCUCAACUGUAUGGCUGUGUUGGGAUCUGACUGCAAAAAGGUUUGUAGCAUUGAAGGUUGUCAAGAGUGCUUCCAACUACACAGAUACAGCUCUUGAUGAAAUCAAGAUUCUCAGAUCUGUAAGAGAAAGUGACCCCGAUGAUCCAUACAGAGAGAAAGUGGUGCAGUUGUUAGAUGAUUUCAAGAUUUCAGGUGUGAAUGGAACUCAUGUAUGUAUGGUGUUUGAAGUUUUAGGACACAACUUACUGAAGCUUAUUAUUCGUUCCAACUACCAGGGUAUACCUAUUGCUAAUGUAAAAACUAUUAUAAAACAGGUGCUGGAAGGACUUGAUUAUCUUCAUACCAAAUGUAAAAUUAUUCAUACUGAUAUCAAACCUGAAAAUAUAUUACUUGCAGUAGACGAACCCUAUGUGAGGAGACUAGCCUAUGAAGCAACUCAGUGGCAGAAGAUGGGUGUGAGGCUUCCUGGUUCAUUAGUGAGCACAGCUCCAAAGGUUUUUCAAGGGCCUGACCCCAAUGCUAAGAUGUCUAAGAAUAAAAAGAAGAAAUUGAGAAAGAAAGCAAAACGUCAACAGGAGCUGCUAGAAAUACAAAUGCAGCAACUAGAGGCUUUGGAAGUGAAACAGCAUCAGGUAGAAAAUGAAGAUGGAGACUGUCAACAAAACUACAGAAAUUCAAUGAUCGCAGAUAACGGUAGCUCGGAAAUAAGAGAUGAUCUUAAUGGCAAAAAUCCAGUCAUCCAGUCAUCCUCCAAUAGCUUGUCACCUACCAGUAACUGCCUCAGUUGGCAGAAUAAUUCUAAUGCUCCAAACCUUUCCAUUUCAUACGAGGAAAUAUCAAAUGGGCAUGAGGAAAGCCCAUGUGACCUUCUUGAUCCUGAAGGAACCACGAGAGGAAGACUUGAACGAUCAGAAAGCACUUUAACACCAUCAACUCUGACAAAGUCGAGGGAGACAGGAAUAAGACGUGUCGCAUCCUGUCCAGAGCAUGAAGUAGAUAAGAAACCAGAUCCAGUACUAGAAAUAUGCGACAUUCCUGUGAAGAUAGCUGACCUUGGCAAUGCUUGCUGGGUGCACCACCAUUUCACUGAAGACAUUCAGACUCGCCAGUAUCGUUGCUUGGAAGUUCUGUUGGGAGCUGGCUAUGGUCCCCCAGCAGAUAUUUGGAGUACAGCGUGUAUGGCUUUUGAGCUGGCAACUGGAGACUUUCUUUUUGAACCUCACUCUGGUGAGGACUACUCUCGAGAUGAAGACCAUAUUGCUCACAUUAUAGAGCUGUUAGGGGAUAUUCCCCGACACAUUGCUCUCUCGGGACGAUAUUCACGAGAGUUUUUCACUAAAAGAGUGGAAAGAAAAAGACAGAAAUUAGGAGAACUUCGUCACAUCACAAAGUUGAAACCAUGGGGACUUAUAGAGGUCCUUACAGAAAAGUACGAGUGGGAUAUUUCAGAAGCUCAAGCAUUUACUGAUUUCCUGACACCAAUGUUAAUGUUUGACCCGAACCUCCGAGCCAAAGCUAGUGAUUCUUUGAAACACCCUUGGUUAAAGUCAUGAUUAUCAAUCUCUGUAGCCUUUGUUUCCCUUUCUGCUCCUCCUAACUUGGGGAAUUAUUUUUAGUUCAGUGGGUUCCUCCUGCAUUUAGCCAGCCAUGUCUUUAGUGCUGUGGUAUUUUGCUCGAGGCUGGAACACCAUGUUUCUGAGAUGUGACUUUUGAUUCCCCCAUAUAGGAUCUCAUUAUAAUGUAUUUAAAACUAUUUUCCCAUCAGUACACUGCUUGGAUUCUUGACCAAGUAUGUGAAUGUGUGUAGUGUUGUGCAUUGCUGCAGAUCACAAUGAUUUCCAUUGUUAAACGAUUCUGUCAAGUCUUGUGGCAACCAUUGUUAACAAAAGAAAAGAGUACAAUAAUUUAGCAGCAUUAGAUUAAUGGCCUUGCAGCCAAUCCAAGCUCUUCUGUUGUAUUCUACUUUAAGUUUAUAAAGUAUUUGGAUAGCUAGGCUGAAAAAAUGGUAGCUAAGGCAAUACAAGUUGUAGCAUUUAAGUUAAUCAUCUUUAACUUUCCUAUUGCUUGUUUUUUUUUAUUAAAACGUUUAAGUUCUAGGGAAGUUUACUGAAAUCUUUAGUUAAUGCUGUCCAUGUUCAGAAGUAAUUUUUUCCAAGUGCAGUUUAGAUAUGGUUGUUAUUACGGAUUCACAUUAUCAAAGCAAGGAAAAAAAAAAACAUGUUUAGCCUCUCUCUAAAGAAUAAAACCGGCAACUGUCUCUGCUAAGCUUGUCUCGGUGUCUGAUGUACUGACUGCAGCCUUCUGAUGUUAGGGUGAUGCAUAUUUAAAGACAAGUGCAAGCAUGAAGACCAAAUACCAUAAAAUAAUAUAAAAUUUCUUAACAUUGUUCUCAAAGUAGAUGGUAAUGAAUGUCACCUUGUUCUUUAAAAAUAUUGUUGAAAUUCAAAUAAAGUGACAGUAAGAAACACAGAAAUAUUUCUUAGAGCUCUUUAAGAAGGUACUGUAAUAAACCAAAAAAACUAUUAAAUAUCAAAAGGACUAUAAUUUUAAAAUAUGUAACUGUGUUGAAAAAGCUCUCCGAAAGCCCUUUUUAAAUUUGGAGUUUUUUUUUCAAAAUAAUUUAUAUAAGUAGAGAUUUUCAGAGUUUCUUAUUUGUUUACUGAUUUAAACUACAGAUUUUUCAGAUGUUUUUCCUACUAAGAAAAACAAAUAUUGCAGUAUGAAUCAACAUGAUUUAUUUUGAUACUUCAUGCCACCUAUUAAAUAUUAGUUGUUUAAUAUGUUUGUGUACACUUUGCUUUCAGUAUAUGAAGUUUUAUUAUUUACUAGAUUCAAUAUCUUCUAAAAAUUAUGUUAAGUCCAAAUGUAAAAAUCUCUGCAUUCGUAAUAAUAGUUAACCAAUAUAAAAUCAUUUUACUGAAAUUUGUGUUCCCAAAGAAGUUGGAAAGAAGAACUGUGACACUCUGAGGUAUAAUUGUAAGCAACUUGUGUAAGGCAUAAGUUAAUGAGAAAUAGUUUUAGCUCUAAUCUCACUUUGUGAUGGAGUUGAGAAAUAGGGCUAGAUAGAGUAACAAAAAGGAUAAAUUUACAGUAGUUAGUCAGAAGUAAUGAUUUUUUAGUCUACUCUUAAAACUGUAUCACUAUUAGAACUGAAUUUGCUACACCUUCCUUGUAGAACCAUAUACUAUCCAGGAACUACUUAACUUCAGCUGGUAUAGAUUUGGAUGAGUCGUUUUUCCUCUCUCUUCAACUAUUUUGCAAAUAAAGUAUUAGUUUGAGGAGCCAAUAGAUUUUUAUAAAUGCAUGGCCAGAAUCGGGAAUGUACGUUUUUGUUUAGUUAUCCAUAAUCGCUUAAAGAGUCUUGAUGUAGGAGUUUAACAUUUUAUUACGCACUGUUACAAUAUAUUUCCUUAUUUGUUUGUUUGUUUGUUUUUUUUACACAUUUUAUUCCAAUAAAAGUGUCGAUCCAGAUAAAUGGUAAUAUUUGAUAAGAUAUGUCUGGUUUUCAAGAUUCAAAACCUUUAAACUUUGGCACUGUUACAACUUAUCUCUUGUACUAAAUAUGCCAACUGACAUUCGAGGAAAACAAAUUUUU